CGUAUCCCGCGCGCUUAUUGGACAAGCGGAGGGAACCCCGACGUGUCACACGAGCCGCUCGCGUGCAUGCUGCGAUUGUAUAAAUACCGAGCAGAAUCGCUUGCGCCUGGAGUGCUGCAGUUGGGCUCGGAGACAGCUCGGACUGCUGUCAUUUUUUAUAGUCAGCCAGCCACCCUGAGAGCUGCCCAGAGACGGCGGGACUCUCGGCCGUUUACUUUUCGGUUGUUUUUCCACUCUCGUGCGAACCUGAAGAUGCCUGCCGGUACUUUCGAAAGAGCAUCUCCGUCUGGCGUUGCGGCCGUCCCGGCAAGAGGCAACUGUACCCCAGGGAAACCCCGCACUCUGUCAGAGAACAGAAAGUCCUCCAAGCCAAUUAUGGAGAAGCGGCGACGCGCGCGCAUCAAUGAGAGCCUGGGUCAGCUGAAGACCCUCAUCCUGGACGCGCUCAAGAAAGACAGCUCCAGACACUCCAAGCUGGAGAAGGCCGACAUCCUGGAGAUGACGGUAAAGCACCUGAGGAACCUCCAGCGGCUUCAGAUGACAGCGGCUUUAAACACAGACCCAUCCAUCCUGGGGAAGUACCGAGCUGGAUUCAGCGAGUGCGUUGGAGAGGUUACCCGUUUCCUGUCCACAUGUGAAGGGGUCACGGCCGAGGUGAGGACUCACCUCCUCGGCCACCUCUCGGCCUGUGUGACCCAGAUUAACCUGUAUGGACCUCACCUGGGCGACCUGGGACAGACCAGCGGUACACAGGUCACCGCGCCUGCGGGCCUGCGGGCGCCCCUCAAGGGUGGUUCACUAUCACCCGAAGCCAUGAAACUGUACGGAGGCUUCCAGGUGGUGGCAUCGCCAGACGGACACUUUGCGUUUCUUAUUCCCGGCGCAGCUCUCACACCUCUGAGUGUACAGAACUGCCACCAUGUGUCACCUGUCGCACCUGCUGUCACCUCAGACUCUGUGUGGAGACCAUGGUAGGAACCAUGGAGGGGGAAAAAAUUGACAAUAAGACAAUAAAUCAUAUUGUACAUUUUGUAAAUACUUUUAGGGAAUACUUCUUAGCAGAUUAUUUUAUCUACAUUUGUAUUGUAUUGGUAUACAUGAAUGGGAAGAGAUAUUUAUCUGUCUCUUUGCCUUAGUCGACAUAAAAUGCUGAUUGUUCUUUAAAGC